UAAACAGGUGCAGUGAUGGCGGCUUGGCUGGGCAGGCUGUCUUUGGGUGAUGCCUGGUUCAGCAUGUAUUCUCGCCUACUGCGAACCAAACCUGUGGGCUCCAUGGCUCACAGCUCAGAUGACCUCACCGAGCUUGCAGAGGGGUCGGCGGUCGGGCUCGCCAAGGUCCUGACCACUGUGGACCUGGUGUCGCUCGGUGUGGGCAGCUGUGUCGGCACUGGGAUGUACGUGGUUGCUGGAUUGGUUGCCAAGGCGAUGGCUGGACCUGGGGUCAUCCUGUCAUUUAUUAUUGCAGCGAUGGCGUCCAUACUGUCAGGUGUGUGUUAUGCAGAAUUUGGUGUUCGGGUCCCCAAGACGACCGGCUCAGCCUACACCUACAGCUAUGUGACAGUAGGGGAGUUUGUAGCGUUUUUCAUUGGCUGGAACCUGAUCCUGGAGUAUCUGAUUGGCACAGCGGCGGGGGCGUCAGCUCUCAGCAGCAUGUUUGACUCUCUGGCCAAUCACAGCAUCAGCAACUACAUGAUAACACACCUGGGCACACUCAGAGGACUUGGUAAGGGUGAGGACACGUAUCCGGACCUGCUGGCCCUGUUUAUUGCCCUGCUUGUCACAGUGGUCAUUGCUCUUGGUGUGCGUAACUCAGUCGGCUUCAACAACGUCCUCAAUGUGGUUAACCUCGUGGUCUGGGUCUUCACGAUCAUCGCUGGACUCUUCUUCCUCUCCGCCAGCAACUGGGAGAGCGGCAGGUUCCUGCCCUAUGGCUGGUCAGGGGUGAUGCAAGGCGCAGCGACCUGCUUCUAUGCCUUCAUCGGCUUCGAUAUCAUCGCAACAACAGGAGAGGAGGCAAAAAACCCAAACACCUCCAUCCCGUAUGCCAUCACCGUCUCACUGGUCACCUGUCUCACUGCCUACGUGUCGGUGAGUGUGAUCCUGACUCUCAUGGUGCCCUACAACCUGAUUGAUGGCUCGGCUCCUCUCAUGGAGAUGUUUACGGUGCAUGGCUUCCUGUGGGGGAAAUACACAGUGGCUGUGGGCUCCAUAGCCGGACUCACUGUGUCUCUGUUAGGCUCUUUGUUCCCCAUGCCCAGAGUCAUCUAUGCCAUGGCCCGGGAUGGACUGCUGUUCAGGUUUUUAUCACACGUGUCUGCGCUCACACACACUCCUACAGCGGCAUGUGUGGUGUCGGGAAGCUUUGCUGCCAUCCUUGCCCUGCUGGUGAGCCUCAGAGACCUUAUUGAGAUGAUGUCCAUUGGCACGCUGCUGGCCUACACUCUGGUCAGUGUGUGUGUGCUCCUGCUGCGCUACCAGCCGGACGAACAGACCGACACACACCAGUUUGACUCUGGGGAGGACGUGGACGGAUUGAAGCACCUUGAUGAUGGGGUUGUCCCCACCAAAGAUGACCACAUGCUGAUUGGAGGCUCAGACGGUGAUGGAUCAUCAUCCUACCACGCUGGUGGGGCUGAAGGAGAGGGAGACGACUCUGAUUUCCACACAGGCCAUCCCUCGUUGCUGAAAAGGCUUCUGGGAGGUCAUUACUACACCCUGCGACAGCGGCUGGGAAUGCCUGAUGCAUCGGCCCAGCCCACUCCUGCCACUGGCCGCAUAGUGACCCGGUGCACCCUCCUUUUCUUCCUCACGUCCUUCCUCCUCUGGUCUACUGUUAUAUUUGGCGUUGAACAGGGAACAGGUGCCGGCGCUGUGUUUUCAGGCCUCAUGGCCACAAUGAUGGUGGGGUCCUUGGCAAAGCUUUUAAUUAUGAUUUUACAGCAGCCAGAGAGUAGGAGGAGACUGCCCUACAUGGUGCCCUGUGUGCCCUUUGUGCCUGCAGCAGCCAUAUUGGUCAACAGCUACCUCAUGCUUAAACUGUCUUCGCUCACCUGGGCCAGGUUCGCUGUUUGGUGCUUCAUAGGUUUGUUGAUCUAUGGUUGUUAUGGAGUGUGGCACAGCACGUUGGAGCUGAACGCCCGGGAGCAGCAGGCACACGCCAGCUCCUACCAGCGCUUCGACGACCACCUCGAUGACACCUUCUCCCCCGACGAUGGCUUUUACCCCCAGGAACAGGACGAGACGCCGUACAAGGGCUGGUCUGCCCCAGAGGAGAAGGGAUACAACUACCAGCAGCAUAGCCAAUACCAACAGGAGAACCAGUAUGACAGUCAGGAUGGAGAGCAGUAUCAGAGCCAGUAUGAGGAUAAUGGUGACCAACAUGGAUACCAAUCUGGACUUGGAGGUCAGUAUACGGGCAGAGGUAGCAAGUCCAGAGGAAGGACCAAUCAUGGCUUCGAUUUGGGUGAUGAGGAGGACUGAAUAGUUUCCUGUUCUUCCAAACCGAAAGGAUCUGAAAUCAUGAACGAAUGAAGGAAACUUUGAAAGUGCCUUCAACAUGAGACACUAAAUCGAAUAAUCUCUGAGGCAAGUAAAGUCACAUCAUAUCGUUUUAUUUCCCAGUGAACCCCUCCCUUUGUGUGUUCAGUGUGAAAACCUGGGAUGGAUUUCAUUGGAGGAGGUAAGGGAGUGGUUAUGACUGACACCUCCCAUCACAGAUGUUCCACUGAACGAGGGCUACAGCAGCUCCAGAAGCUUCAGUAAAUUCUGGUAAAUACUGUACCCACCUUUCUCCACAAACCAACAGCAGUAACAUUCAGUUUCCACCAACAUCUGCGUCCUGGUUCUUCCAUGUCUCGAACGUGGUGUUGUAAUACAAAACUUCCCUCCAAAAAAGGGAAUAUUUUGUGUUUCUCCUCUCGCUCCAAAUUAUUUUCUAAUGAUCUAAACACCACACUUUACAUGAGUGACUGAACUUGUCAAGUUCAGACUGUUGCCUCACAAUGGUCACAACAAAAGAUAAAAUAACUUUUCAUGGUGCUUGAAAUAACGUCCCACGUUAUGAAUGCAUUAUGAGUCAGUGACCUGCAGGGCGCAUAUACUUUGAAGAUGCACUGUGCAAUUCUAUUGCAUUUGAGAAAAUAUGAUAAAAUAUGAUUAAACAAACUCCUGUUGGAAAUCUAUGCAUGGGGACAGCAGAAGGCCUUCAGUGUUUUAAUUUUACGCUGAAGUGAUCGUUUGAAACAUUGGUCCUCUACAGUCCUUGUCAUCAGUCUUUACAUGGUUUCUGUUUUGCUUCUCUGGCAGAAAUCUUCUCUUUGAUUGAGUUAAACCUCAGUGGGUGGAAUUAGAGACUCGUUCGUAACUUGCAAAAUUGGACGGCAAGGAUGGACCUAAAAUACCAGUUUUUAUCUCACAAUCCUGGCAACUUCCUUCAUCCUUCCUUAUCUUUUGUUCAUUGUCACUUAACCAGAAACAAUAUGGUCCUGGUAAAUAUGGUCCUUUGGUUUAUUUUAACCAAUCAGAUGACCUCUGUCACCAGAGUGAAAAUGAAGGUUAAUACUUGAACUUCUCCAAUGACCAUCAGUCUCAUAAACAAACUUGAAAUUUAACAAACUCAGCCUUUAUUUUCUUUUGAAAAUUAAGGGUUUGUGUUCAAGUUGCAUCUUUGAAGCCCUGAAAGUUACUUUUGUGUUUCGUUUUUCUUGUUUGAGUGAAUGGUGUUGACAGAGUGUUUGCUCUAUUUUUAAUCUAUUUAGUGUUGUGUAAAUUGUGUUUAUGUGUGGAAAUGAGAGUGAGUGUUUUAUUUGUUUGUGUUGUGGGAAUAAAUGUCUCAUUUGGAGUGAAAUUA